CUCUAUCUCCUCGUAGCCCAAGAAACCAAGAUUUCCCGCCAAAUUUCUGCCCAAAUCUUAUCCAAAAUUUCCCUAAUUCCUCUGCCUCAAUUGGCCUAAACCCUAAAAUGUCCUCUCCUCUCAAGGAGCGAGGGGUCAGCGGUGGCAACGUAAUGGCGUCCAAGCCCAAUAAAACCCUAGCUGACACCAUCGUCACUGGGAAAAAGAACUCCGCCGACGAUCGCCGGAAUCCUGCGGCUCUCCUAGGCCUCCCGUGUUCUUCAUUGUCAACCCUGAGAGGUACGCCCUCGAAACCCUCCGAUCUAAACCCUAAAGAUUUCGGCCCUUCGGGUAGUUGCCUGCAAGAAAAGAAGGGGAAUUGUCCAAUAUUGAAGCCUAAUGCGGGGAAAUUUGGAGGAAAAGAUCGAAAAUCGGGGGUUGGUUCUAGGGUUUCAGUAGAGUUGGCUCUCAAAUCCACUGCAGAGAUGUGUAAAGAUAAAGGUUAUUUAAUCGCAAAUUUUAAAUCCCUUGAUUUGAAAGAUUGUAGUAUCGUUAAGGUUUCCCACGAAAUAAAUAAACAGGGAAAAAACUCGGGUUUCAUUGGAGCUGUUGAAAAUUCCGGUGAGAAGGGUGUUCAAGCUGUUAUCAAGAAUCCAAGCAAGUUUCAAGAAAACUUCGUUCCAUCAGAUAACAGUGUCCAUAGAAUUUCUUCUGAGAUCGAAAGCAACAAAGAAAUGUUGGGUCAGAGUAAUAACCAGGAGGAGUUGAAAUUGAUUCUUUAUGAUAUUCAGGAAAAGAUUCCAGGAAGCGAGAACACAGUCAGUUCUGUGAUAGAUGGAGAUGGAACAAAGUCGGGUGAGAAUCUAGAGGUUCUAAUCAAGAACAGAAUAGCUUUUAAUUCUAAAACUGAUUCAUCAAGUUUCGGAACUUCUAUGGGCUCCAUUGAUGAAAACCCUGUCGGAUUAGAAUUCUUAGCUUCUGUGUAUGUAGAUCAGGACAACCCUUUGACUGGAAAUCAGGAGAUGGACAUGGAAAGCCCUGCUUCAGAGGCUAAUUCUAAAUCAAAGGCGAUGGCUGGUUUGCAAGGCUCUGAGGAGAUUGGAUCUAAGGCGAGUGAGAAGAAUGAUGACUUGGGUGAUCAAAAAAACAAGCAAGCAAUGGUGGUAGCUGGGGAGGCUGAGGAAUCUCAUGUGGGUCAGAUAUAUCAAAUUGGUAACAAAGUCACGACUGGAGGGUGGUUUAUAUCUGAUGGCGAAUUUGCUCUUUUAACUCAUAAUGAUAACUCUUGCUCAUACCAUGACAUUACAAACUCUGAGGAGAAAACAGUGUACAAGGCUCCUGAAGGAGCGCCAAAUUACUUGUUUAGUGAUUGUUGGAUAACUCGUGGCAGUUGUGGUGAUGAAUACAAGAAGUAUGUUGUAGCCGCAUCAUCUGGGAGUACUUUGGAAUCUGGUUUCUGUUCAUGGGACUUCUACACCAAAAAAGUUCAUGCAUUUCAUGUUGAGGAUACAGCCCCAGAUUCUGCUGAAAACCCACAGUGGUGGUAUAUACCAUGUGAAUCAAUAUUGAUGUCUACUUGCAGCAAGCAGAAGAAUGUUAGUACUUAUGAUAUUCGUGAUGGGCAACUUAUGAUGAACUUUGAUGUUAGUAGUCCAGUGGUAGGGAUGGAGUACUCGAGUCCUCUACAAUGGAGAAGUAAUGGGAAGGUGAUUGUUGCAGAAACUGAAGCACUCAGUCUUUGGGAUGUCAAUUCAUACGCACAACCUUUGAAAUCUAUUCCAACUUCUGGCAAAAGGAUCUACUGCCUUCAUGUGAACAACACUGACGCUGAAGUUGGUGGAGGGGUUCGCCGAAGAUCACAUUCAUCACAAAUGGCAGGAAGUGACUGUGUUUUCUGCACAGAGGAGGGCAUCCAUGUUGUUGAUUUCCGUCGCCCUUCUGGAAUUGCUCACAAGAUAGUUAGACCAAGCCCUAACGUUCGCACAAUCUUUUCUCUCGGAGAAUCCAUUUUCAUCGGAGACAAAGAUACCAGAAAACAUCCACCUCGCUCUUUUAUUCAUCAGUUCUCAAUUCGCCAGGGAAAGCUAUUAAAGGCAAUUUUUUUCCUUCCAGAUUCUAAUAAUUCUCAAUCACAGGACUCUUCAAUAACUCAAGUAUGGGGAAACCCCUAUUUUGGUAUGGGCAUAAAUAGCAUGGGAUUAUGUGGCUUCAAGGCGAUUGAUGAAUCUUUCAGCAGUGAUUAUCAGUAUACUUUUCAAGUGAAUGAGAGAAUUGGUCCGGGUGAUCUCUACCGUCCUACUUUUGAUUGUGUGGGAUCAAGGGUGCUGAUUAUAUCGAGAGAUCGACCCGCAAUGUGGAGGUAUUUGUAGUUGCUGUGUACUUAGAGAGGUAUAUUGCUUGUUCAUAUAUUCCAACGUUAUGCAAUUGUACAAAAUCACACGUUUGUUUUUGCGGGAGAGAGAAACUUGUAGAUGCUAGCGAGCUAUGUAGAAAGGACUUGUACUAUAAAAUCGUCUCAGUUCGAUACACAUUUCUCACAGGAGAGGGACUUGUGUAGGAACGAUGCCAGCGAGUUGUGUAGUUAGCGCUUGUACUGUAAAAAUGUCUCAUUUCGAUGCACAUUCUACCACCUUGAACAUUAUGUACAAAACCAAAGUUUUGCAAUGACUUCAGAAGUGUUAAGGUCUUUAAUGUAGAACUUGUACUGUAAGAAUGUCUCAGUUUGAUACCAGCUUUUGAACAUUAUGUACAAAACUCAAGUUUUGCAGCAACA